AUGUCUUCCCAGCAACAACAAAUUCCCCUCAGAAUCUUGAUCGACAAACCAAACAACAAGGUCGUCGCCGUCGAAUCCACCAAGGACUUCGUCGACACCCUCUUCAGCUUCCUCUGCCUCCCUCUCGCCACCAUCAUUCGCCUCCUCACCAAACGACACGAGCAACAGCAACAACCACCACCAUCCAUUCUUGGAAGCAUCACGAACCUCUACCACAGCGUUGAGAAUCUAACCCCAAACGAUGUCUGGAACACUGUAUGCAAGGACAUGCUUCUGUGCCCUAGAAACCCCUGUGAGUCACUCUGCUCUAAGCUCUUGUUCAACGUUGACGACACUAAACCAACACCGAAGGUUCUCGUGUGCAACUCUUGCAACAAGUUCACAACUUUUCCAACCCUUGAUUGUGUUUGUGGCAAACGCAUGGAACAUGUGCCCGGUGAUUUGGAUUUGGAGCGAAAAGGGAAGAAUGGUAAUAAUAAUAACACCAAUGUCAAUGUGGAUGCUGCUAAGACUGGGGUUUUUGUUAAGGAAAAUGGGUCUUUGUUUUUGGUGUUUGAUGAUUUGACAGUUGUGCCAAGUUCUUUGGUGACCUCAAUGGAUAUGAUGCUUCAACUUGGAUAUUCCGAUUUGACUCAUCUUGCGGAAUAUACUUGUGAUAUUGGCAAGGACGAGAUCUUGAACCUGCUCAAGUAUACCAUCAGCUCCCAUGAGCCUCUAACUAAUUUGAUUUUGGCAAGUAAUUCCAAGAAGAAAGAUAACCCGCCCAAUCCAUUCGCAUCAGCGAUAAAAGUGAAGGUUGCCAACACUGACACUAAAAUGGAAGUUAAGAUAGUUCAGAGUAAGUCUCAAAACAAGGUUUUAUUUGCUGAAUCCACAGAAGAUUUUGUUGACUUUAUGUUUAGCUUACUUGCCAUACCAUUGGGGUCCGUCAUAAAGCUACUGAAUGGCAACUCUUUAAUUGGAUGUGUUGAUAACUUGUACAAGAGUGUGGAGACUUUGCACUCUUCAUGGUGUACAGAAUCACGUUUCGUGUUGCUGAAUCCCGGCAUAGUGCCCCAAUUCGGUUGCCUGAAUCAGCCCCUCAACAUUCCUGAUGUGGAACCUACUUACUAUUAUGGUAAGGGGGUAUAUGAGAAGGAUAACCAUUAUGGAAGAAUAGAAGUUCCCAGAAGUGGCGGAGUCAUUUCCAAAUCAGAUCAUGAUAUUGUUAGUGCAAAACGAUUGACUGCACUGGACCCAAGAUCCCCAAACAGAUCAAAAGAAGAUGCUACCGGAUUUGUGAAGAGGCCAGCAUUGUAUGCUGUAGGAGAUGAUCUGAGAGUGAGACCAUUGUCUGCGGAUUCUUGCCUUUAUUAUUUAAAAGAUUUGAAUCUUCCCCUUGAUGAUCUUGAAGUGAAAGUGAUAAGUAUUAGUGAGGCAGCGGCUUUAAGCCUCCUUGGAGCGUCCUUGACAUCGAAGCAAACACUGACUACUGGGUUGAAAGACUUUCUGGAUGUGCCGAGACAAGAAUUAGAUUUGGCAUCAAAGUAUACUCAAACUAGUCAACUUGAUCUUUUAAAACAUGAACCUAAUCCAGAGCCCUAAAUUCUCAGACAUGUGCAGUUUUUGCAUGCCUACACGUAUUUUGUUUUGAACAACCAAGAAAAUCUUUAGACCUUAUUGCAAAUUUGGUGUGCAAAUACUGAGGUUUGCCUUU